UUCUCUAGAGGCCACUACGUCGCCGCCACUGGCACCAUGCUGUCCCCUCAAAGAGCUCUACUCUGCAACCUCAACCACAUCCACCUCCAGCAUGUCUCCCUAGGCCUGCACCUGUCCCGCCACCCGGAACUGCGGGAGGGGCCCCUCAGCACACCCCCUCCUCCAGGAGAUGCUGGGGGCAAGGAGAGCAGGGGCCCCUGCAGCGGGACCCUGGUGGACGCCAAUUCUAACAGCCCCGCCGUGCCCUGCCGCUGCUGCCAGGAACACGGGCCAGCUCUCGAAAACAGGCAGGAUCUGUCAACGCAGGAAGAAGAAGGAGCGGCCUCUCCCUCCGACCCGGGCUGCUCCUCCUCGCUCAGCUCCUGCUCUGAUCUUAGCCCAGAUGAGUCCCCGGUUUCUGUCUAUUCCCGGGACCUUCCUCGCCUGGAGGAUGGCGCUCCUCAGCCUGGCAUCCUUCCCCUAGAGCAAGGCUCGCCCUCGGCUCCUGUGGCAGGCCCUGACCCCUGCUCCCCGGACAGCUUCUGCUGCUCCCCGGAUUCCUGCUCGGGUGCUUCCUCCCCGCCAGGCCCCGACCUAGACUCUAACUGCAAUGCCUUGAGCACCUUCCACGACCUCCCUUCGCCGAGCUUGGAGGAAGAGGAGGAGAGCGGGGAGCAGGACCUCCCUACCUCGGAGCUCUCGGAGGCGGAGGAUGGGAAAAGCGACGCUGGGAAAACAGAACCCACUUGGAACAUCAACCCCAUUUGGAAAAGCGAUGCAGGGAAAACGGCUGGAGGUGGAUGGAAAAUCACCGAGAACAAUAACUCCGGCUGGAAAAUCGACGGAAAUACUAACUCUGGCUGGAAGACGGAAGCUGGGAAAUUCGACUCGGGUUGGAAGAGCAACACAGGGCUGACUGAUUCCGGCUCGAAAACAGAUGCAGGGAAAAUUGAUGGGGGAUGGAGAAGUGACGUCAGCGAGGAGCCGGUGCCCCACCGGACCAUCACAUCCUUCCAUGAGCUGGCCCAGAAGCGCAAGCGGGGCCCGGGGUUGCCCCUGGUGCCGCAGGCCAAGAAAGACCGCAGCGACUGGCUCAUCGUUUUCUCGCCCGACACCGAGCUCCCCCCAGCCGGGUCGCUGGGCGGCCCCGCGGCGGCGGCUCCGCGCGAGGUCACCACCUUCAAGGAACUGCGGUCCCGCAACCGGGCCCCGCCGCCGCCCGUGCCGCCCCGAGACCCCCCAGCUGGCUGGGCCCUGGUGCCGCCGCGGCCCCCGCCGCCCCCUAUCCCUCCCCGGAGGAAGAAGAACCGCCCUGGGCUGCAGCCCAUAGCCGAAGGGCAGCCAGAGGAGGCGAGGGCCGCCAGCCCCGCGGCCGGCCAGGAGGCCCCGGCCACCCAGAAGCCCGAGGAGCCAGGCGCACAGACAGGCCCCGAGGCCGGUCCCCUCCUACUCCCUCGGCCCCUGGUUUUCCGGCUUUCGGCCGACGGGCACCCCCUGUUGGAGGGUGAGGGCGCGGGCGCAGCUGGGUCCCUGCUUCUGGCGCCGCUGACCGGGUGGCCAGGCGCCGCGGGGCCGCGGUUGCUGGGGGCUCCGAGCCCCCCGGAGGAGCCGCUGCUGCCCGUCCGCCUGUCCCCGGUGGGAGCCUAUUCGCCUCCGACGCGGGGCGCCCUCCCCUGCCUGGCCAGCCCCGAGCUGGCCCUGCUGCUGUCCCCGCUCUUCCCCAGAAGUAGCACCUUCCCUGCCGCCGCGGCUCCCCCACCCCGCCAGGUGCCCGCCCCCCCACUGCCAGCGCCACCGCGGCCGCCGGAGGCCCCUCGCUGGACCAGGAGCCCACCGCCUCCGCCCAGGCUACUCCGUAGUUCCUGGUCCUUCGCCGGCGUUCCCUGGGCUCAACGGCUGUGGAUGGCAGAAGCCCGGAGUGGGACUGGCCAGCUACAGGAGCAGAAGAAAGGUCUCCUGAUCGCGGUCAGUGCCUCGGUGGAUAAGAUCAUCUCGCACUUUGGGGCGGCCCGGAACUUGGUUCAGAAGGCCCAGCUAGGGGACAGCCGACUCAGUCCGGACGUGGGCCACCUGGUUCUGACCACCCUGUGUCCAGCGCUGCACGCCCUGGUGGCUGACGGGCUGAAGCCCUUUCGCAAGGAUCUCAUCACCGGGCAGCGCCGCAGCAGCCCCUGGAGCGUGGUAGAGGCUUCGGUGAAGCCAGGCGCUAGCACCUGCUCUCUGGGAACCCUGUAUAACCAGGUCAGCCGUCUGGCCCCGCUGAGCAGCAGCCGGAGCCGCUUCCAUGCCUUCAUCCUGGGCUUGCUCAACACCAAGCAGUUGGAGCUGUGGUUUUCAAGUCUUCAGGAAGAUGCAGGCUUGCUGUCUCUCCUCUACCUGCCCACUGGAUUCUUCUCACUGGCCCGUAGCAGCUGCCCGGGCCUGUCCACGGAGCUGCUGCUCCUGCUACAGCCCCUGUCUGUGCUCACCUUCCACCUGGACCUCCUCUUUGAGCACCACCACCACCUGGCCCUGGGCCCGCCUGCUUCACCGGCCCCACCAGGCCCACCGCCAGCCCUGCAGCAGACCGUGCAGGCCAUGCUGCACUGGGGGGGGCGACUGGCCCAGACCCUUCGGGGGGCUUCCGAGGAGGCUGCUCCUGACACUGCAGCGACAUCGGCUCCUCCAAAGGCCCCUGCCCCAGGCGGCUGGUGGGAGCAGCUGACCCAGGCAUCCCGGGUCUAUGCCUCGGGGGGCCCUGAGGGCUUCCCUCUGCCUCGGUGGGGACCGAAGCGCCCAGGAGCUGCUGCUGGGAGUGCACAGGAGAGAUCCCUGCCUACAGUGGAGGCGGCACCAGGCAGAGGCGUUUGGUUCGGGAGGCUGUUCGGAGUUCCUGGGGGUUCUGCGGAAACUGAGAAUGGGGCCCUGAAAUCCAGGAGACCAUCUAGCUGGCUGCCCCCAACAGUGAGUAUGCUGGCCCUCGUGAAGCGGGGGGUCCCUCCUGAGACUCCAUGUUUGCCCAAGGAGCCUGAGGUUUCAGCGUCCAGCAUGGUGCAGGCCCACAGGGCUGUUCGGACUCUCUGUGACCACACUGCUGCAGGACCUGAGCAGCUGAGCUUCCGGCGUGGGGAGGUGCUGCGGGUCAUCACGACAGUGGAUGAGGACUGGCUUCGCUGUGGGCGGGAUGGCACUGAAGGAUUAGUGCCUAUUGGCUAUACCUCACUCGUUCUCUAGCCCAGGGACCUCCGUCCUGUCCCGCCUGCGGUUCCCUCCCAGCACCUGGGAACAGAAUGGCUUCUGAACACUAACCCACCACCCCAGAGCCUUCUUCCCUGUCCACAAAAUGGCAUUUGUUCCUACACACAUUUCUGCUACAAAUAUUUAAAAUAAACUUUCCGUCUGCCCUCCCAUGCCCAUCUGUAAGGUGGAAUCUGCUCUUCUUCCAAGUAUAUAAACAGGAAUUUCCUUCUUGCAACCCCUCUCUUCUUUCCCUAUCUGCCUCAUGGAAAUGUGUUAGCCACCCUGAGUGGACUGUGCCAGUGUAGUGUGUGCCCUGGUCCCCAUGCUGGAAGGGCCGCUGGACUCUUUGCUGUGUGUGCAGUACUCUCAUCUCCUCACGUCGCCUGUAUUUAUGAAGUACUCCUGCUGUAAGAGGUGCUCAAGCCUGGACACCCCUGGCGGGUGGGCCUGUGGUGUUCGGCCCCCUUCCCUCUUUGUUCCAAUAAAGUGUGGGAGU